AUGCAAGAAUUUGCUAUGGAAAUGGGUUUCAAAUUAUUAACUUCUACGCCAUAUUAUGCUCAGGCUAAUGGUCAGGUUGAAGCAGCGAAUAAGGUGGUAAUUAAUUUGAUUAAGAAACAUGUGGGGAAGAGGUCCAAAAAUUGGCACAAGACUUUAGAUCAGGUUUUAUGGGUGUGUCAAACCUCCCCCAAGGAAGCCACUAAUUCGACCCCAUUUCGACUGACUUUUAGUCAUGAUGCAGUUUUACCAGUUGAGAUUUACCUACAAUCAACAAGAAUUCAGAGGCAUCAUAAAAUUCCAUCAGAAUCAUAUUGGAACAUGAUGCUUGGUGAGCUAGUUGAUCUAGAUGAGGAGAGACUCAAUGUCUUGGAAUUAUUGAAAAGGCAGAAGAAGGGAGUAGAUAAAUCUUACAAUAAAAAGGUUUAA